AUGGAAUACCCACCACAUUCCGGCUACAACUUCACUCAAACCAUUCACAAUGAUAUAUAUCCCGCUAUCGACCCUACCAAGUCCGACCUCUCUCAACCAGGAAAGGUAGUGCUAAUUACUGGAUCCGGUCGCGGCAUUGGCCGGUCCGUCGCAUUACGAUACGCCGAGAGUGGUGUUGCCUGCAUUGUCGUCUGCGCACGGAGUGCUUCCGAACUGGAUGAGGUAGAGCAGAGCAUCAAAAAGAUCAAUCCGCACGUCAGAGUCAGUAAACAGGCCGUCGAUGUUACUGCCGAGAGCUCAGUCGUCUCGAUGGCCGAAACAGUCAGACAGGAGGAAGGCAGGCUUGAUGUCCUGAUCAACAAUGCAGGCAUGACCAACAAAUGGGCACCAAUCGCAGAUGGCGACACCGACAUGUGGUUCAAGACUUGGGACCUGCAUAUCAAGGGCACAUACCUGAUGUUGAAGUCGUUUCUUCCCUUGCUGGUGGAUACAGCGAAGACUCAAGGUGUUACGGUAGACGUCAUCAACACAACCACAAUUGCAGCUCAUUUCGCCAUGCCAGGCGGCUCAGCAUACCAUGCUUCCAAGUUUGCACUCAUCAGACUUUCCGAAUUUGUCGUGUCAGAGUAUGAAGGGCAGGGAGUCAACUGCUUGUCUCUACAUCCGGGUGGUGUUCCGACGGGGAUCGCGAAGGAUCUAGGUCCGCUCGUGGAGGCUGCAAUGAUAGAUACCCCGGAGCUCUGUGCUGGUUUCGCGGUGUGGCUUACCAAAGGGCAAAGAGCAUGGCUGAAUGGGCGAUACUACUGGGCAGCGAGAGUGGAGACACCGGAGAGAGGCCGUGCUCAGGACAACACUACCGACUAUAUAAGGCUCUCGCCAUGCGACGAACCGUCUCGUACACAAGGCUUCAGUCUACCAUUUGAAGCGCGAAGAAGAUCACGCAUCGCUAUGCCUAAAGUUCUACUCACCGGCGCCAAUGGCUUUCUGGCCACGCACAUCCUCAAAGACCUUGUCGAGGGCUCUUUCGAUGUCGUAGGGACAGUAAGAUCCCAGGUCAAAGCCGACGAUGUCUUCUCUGCCCAUCCGGAGUUCGCUUCCAAGAAUGUCAAACUGGUUGCUGUCCCUGACAUGUCGAAAGCCGGUGCCUAUGACAAGAUCUUCCAAGAGACCCAGUUCGACUACAUCAUUCACACGGCGGCGCCUGUUCCUGAUGGGGCGGGAACAGAUUUUGACAGAGAUUUUCUCGGUCCUGCUGUCCAAGGCAAUUUGGAGCUUCUCCGGGCGGCACAGAAGUAUCUGAAGACUUUGAAGCAUUUGACUUUUACUGGCAGUGUUGUCACCGUUCAGAGCCCAAUGGAGCCGUAUGACGGAAAAGUGUUGACGAGCAAGGAUUGGAACGCGAUGCAACAUCCGGGAGCGAGCUACAUUAUCUCGAAGACCCUGGCGGAGAAGGCGCUUUGGAAUUUUGUUGAGACCGAGAAGCCAGCGUUUACGGUGUGUGUGCUUUCAGUGCCACUGAUCAUCGGCCCCCCUCUCCAACGUCUCGACCAGCACGCCUUCAGCAAGGGCCGCACAAACCUGACAUCCGAUCUAUUCUACAACACGUUCCUCAAGCCAGUCACUGGCUCAGAAGCUAGUCCCGGGCAGCCAUUGUACACUGCAUACAUCGACGUUCGCGAUUGCGCAGCCCUGCAUGUCCAGUCUCUAACCAAAGGCACCGAGAAGAAUAGACGAAUCAUCAUGGCGAGCCCAGAACCUUUCUUCGCUAAGGAUGUUCUAGAGAUCCUUGGUCAGAGAUUUCCGGAGAUGAAGCGAUGGGCCUCAGUGCAGGCUGCGAGUAUUGUCGCCAACAAGGAGCAGGACACUGAGCAUCCGGUCAAGGUGGACGAUGCGGAAGCUAGGGCCGUGUUUGGAAAGGGGAUCUACAGGUCGCUGAGGGAGACGGUGAUCGACACUGCGUUGAAAUUGCUGGAGAUUGAAUGA